AGAAAAAAUCGCAGGGCAUAUUUUAUCGUCUUCGUCACGACCUGUCUGUCUCUAUCUAGACGUCCACAGCCGCCAGCUUUGAACAGGUUGUCCAGUCGUCCAUUUUUGCUUCCAUCUUCUUCCUGUCGAUUCUGAACUAUCUGUCCUGUCCUCCAGUUCUCAGUCAAUUUCGUUUCUUCCCGUCAACUCUGAACUCGACAUCGUUGUUUCCUGCCAAAGAAAAUAACCAUAGCUCUGUUACCUUCCUCGUCUUUGUGGUUUCAACGGUCAUUCGACUCGUCAUCCAACCGGCUUGUAGCUGUGCCGUCGUCAAUCAACUCGCCGCAUUUUGAGUGCGUUGUACUUUUCUCAAACCUUGAGGCCUGCAAAGGGAUUAUCCUUUCUGUGACCCUGGCUAUUUUUAUUCCAUGUUUACUCUGUUUAAGAGCAUCGGACUCCAUCAGCCAUAACUUCAAGCACAGUACAAUAGCAAAGUACCCAAGACAGGCAGGUGCGACACUUAAAGAAGCCCCUCUCAAGAAGACAUUCACGUCGUCCUUAGAACCCGUUCUCGAUAAUCAAGCAAGAGAGUUUAAACUUGAAGUUUGAUCUGCAUUGCUAGUCAAGAAUUGUACUAGAAUUUGCAAAAUGGAUAUUGAUUCUGACUUCAAAAAUUUCAAUAUCGAAUCGGCGGAGGUAGUUGCAUCAACUCAAACGGACCCUAUGGAUUCUUCAGAAGUGAAGAAGGACAAUGGUAAAGAAAGAGAGGAGCUUGCCAAGUCAAUGGACAAACUACAUAUUGAGGAAUCACCAUCUGGACUGGCAGGGUCUUCAUCUACUAACUUCAAGAGAAAACCAGUUAUAAUUAUUGUUGUGGGAAUGGCAGGGAGUGGGAAAACAACAUUUCUUCAUAGAUUGGUUUGCCACACACAAGCUUCUAACAUUCGUGGUUAUGUGAUGAACCUUGACCCUGCUGUUAUGACUCUUCCAUUUGGAGCAAACAUUGAUAUAAGAGAUACAGUUCGGUAUAAGGAAGUAAUGAAGCAGUUUAAUCUUGGGCCUAAUGGAGGAAUUAUGACAUCACUUAAUUUGUUUGCAACGAAGUUUGAUGAGGUUGUUUCGUUGAUUGAGAGGCGCGCAGAUCAGCUUGAUUAUGUUCUUGUGGAUACUCCUGGUCAGAUUGAGAUAUUCACUUGGUCUGCUUCAGGAGCCAUCAUCACAGAAGCUUUUGCUUCAACAUUUCCAACUGUGAUCACUUACGUAGUUGAUACACCUCGUUCAGCAAGCCCAAUAACCUUUAUGAGCAAUAUGCUUUAUGCUUGUAGCAUCCUCUACAAGACACGUUUGCCUCUCGUGUUGGCAUUUAACAAGACCGAUGUGGCUCAGCAUGAAUUUGCUCUUGAGUGGAUGCAAGACUUCGAAGCAUUUCAAGCGGCAGUGAAUUCUGAUCACUCAUACACAUCAACUUUAACACACAGUCUCUCCCUUGCACUGGAUGAAUUUUAUAGAAAUUUAAAAUCUGUUGGAGUAUCUGCAGUUUCUGGUACUGGAAUGGAUGCCUUCUUUAAGGCCAUCGAAGCAAGUGCCGAGGAGUAUAUGGAAACAUACAAGGCUGAUCUUGACAAGAGACGGGCAGAAAAGCAACGGUUGGAGGAAGAGCGUAGGAAGGAGAGCAUGGAUAAGCUGAGGAAGGAUAUGGAAAAAUCCAGAGGAGAAACCAUCAUCUUGAGUACUGGUUUGAAGGACAGCAAAGCCAAAAGUAGGGAUAUGAUGGUCGAUGAAGAUGAAGAAGAAGAUUUAGAUGAGGAGGAUGAUUAUGAGAUAUUUACUGAAGAAGACGAUGCUAUAGAUGAAGAUGAAGAUGAAGAGGUUUCUAAAUUUUCUGUUUAAUGGAAGUUUUGUUGGAACAAAAACUGAAACAGAACUCUCUGUAUGAGACCUUUAACAUUGCCUUAACACAUAGUGUUUGUUUCUCAAGAUUUUUCUUCAAGGAUGCACUUUGCACA